AUGUCCGAUUCAUGGGUCGAACCAGCGGCCCCCAUAAAGCCAUCCAUCGCGAAGUGCUCAGCCCUCGACAACCUCACCGCUUCAGUGUAUCCUUCGCCCACACACUUCUUUCCUCUAGAACCGGGAAUGGACCCUCGACAGCUCUAUGAAGACUGUAAGCAAGGUCUCUCCCGAUGUAUCUACGAGCAUCCGCACCUCGCAGGCAUUAUCAGGAAAGACGAAACUGGACGUUACGCGAUUGAGAUUCCAGAGGCACCGCAUGCGGGCACAAACUUCUGGUACCGAGAUCAUCGUCACGAUGCAGAUGUGCCUUCUUACACCGAGCUCAAGAUCAAUGGGUGGCCGUUUGGCGAUGGCGAAGAAGAUGGCCUUGGCAAGCUCCGACCAAAGGACUUUCCUUACGUUCAAGAUGGCGAUCCUGUAAUCGCACCUCAGUUCAAUGUCGUCAAGGGCGGUAUCGUCUUGAGCAUGUCGAUCACGCAUGUGAUAGGUGACCUCGUCCAGUUUAUGGACUUUCUCAGGUCUUGGUCACAGAACACGAAUGCGAUAGCAACUGCCAGACUUGAUGGUCAACCUGUACCUCCACUCCCGCAGCAAAUAUUGGCGGACUUGCUAGAUCGCUCCCUCUUGACACCUGACGUAGGUAUCGAGGAGGAUCUGGACAAACUCAGAUCUCGAGCAGGGAAGCUUCAACAUCUUGACAUGCUGGACCCUCGAUAUCCAGAAGAAGUUGCAGAGAAACUGUCAAACAUCUUUACAAAGGCACGUCUCACCAAUGACGAUCUAGUGAGGUUUACCGAAGAUGAACUUCGCACUCCCUCUUGUUCUGUCUGGACCUUUACACAGUCCUCGAUAAAACAACUUCUACACAUGAUCCAAGAGGUCUUGCCCAGCGGCUCAAAAGUGUCGUCUACGGAUUGUUUGACUGCUUUUGCAUGGAACCGGCUCUUUGGGGCCAAAUAUGCUCCGGGCUUAUCAGGCCGUGAUCCUCUGCCUGAGACUAGCAAGAUUGUCUUUGCUGGAAGCAUUCGUCGUCGGUUGACGCCUCCUUUACCCAACAACUACAUGCCUGCCUGUGUGGAUCUGUUCCCUGUGUCUGUGAACACGAGCGACUUCAUCUCACCUGACCCCAAGACUCUUGCCCAUGCAGCAAUGGCAAUUCGCAACAGCAAUAAUGCCUGGAGCGAGGAAACCUUUCGAGAGAUGCUCGAGAUAGCCCAUUCCCAUCCUAUCAAUCCAGGCCUAAUACCAAAAGGGCCCAUUGAUGCACUUGUGACAGACCAUACCCGAGCAAGUGCAGCUAUGCUGUCAAGUUGGGGUCCUGAACUUGGUUCUUGUGAGGCCUUUAGAGAGCCGUAUCUUGGUAGAAUCCCGCCUCAUGGGGAGAUCACCCUCUUACCUCGAUGGAAUAAUGGUAAUGUAGAGGUUAUGUUUGCGGGAGAGGCUGUUGUAAUGAAACGGUUGAGAGGCGACCGGCUUAUGAGCCAGAUGGCCACUUGUCAGUUUGUCAUGGGCAAUCCCAGCUUUCAAGCGACUCGUGGGAAGUAUGUCUCAAAGCUGUAG